AAGUAUAGUCUGUCGAAAUACAAUUUUACGUUAUAGAAACUGUACAACGCCAUAGAUUUGUUUUUAUUACUAACUGCGCAUUACAUUGUCAGCUGACCGUAAGUGUAGACCGACGUUUCAUAACUAAUAACAAUUUCAUAACAGUACUAAGUGAAUAUAUAUUAGAAUAUUUAGAAUCUGACAUAGAAAAUCAAAAUGUUUAAAACAAUUGUUUUGCAAUUUAUGUAUUUGGGUUUGUCAAUUUUGUGUCUUGUACAAAGUAAAUGUACUACAGGAAAUGAAUGUCAUAAUGUUGCUUUGCCUCUCAUGGAUAGAAGUUUCGAAGCAACGCUGACGGCAAAUAUAAACACUGAUAAGUUAAAUAAACAACUUAAAGCGUACAUAUCACAGGAAAUUGACCAAAGCAACCAUGGUGUUGUUACCAAUGUUACCACCGAAACACUGAAAAGAGUUUUAGGAAAUCUUACUUUGAAAAUAGAUACUCAAAUGAAAUCUUUGGAGGCUAAAAUUAUGGAGCAAAACACAGAAAUUAAUCUUUUGAAAGCAAAAGGUAGUCCAAGGGGUACCUAUGUUAGGUGGGGGAGAACGGUAUGUCCAGAAGGAGCGACCAUUGUGAACGAUGGUAUUGCUUCCGGGAAACAUUAUGGAGAUAAAGGAUCUGGGGCUAACUAUUUGUGCUUACCAAAAAAUCCAGAAUGGAAUGAGUAUGUAGAUGGAAAGAACGGCGAAAAGGGUCUUUUGUAUGGCGUUGAAUAUGAAAUAUCAGAAAACACACCGUAUCCAAAAAAUUUACACAGCAAGAUUACACCAUGCGCGGUAUGUCUUGCCAAGAGGUCUUCGGUUCUUAUGGUUCCGGCAAAACGUACCUGCCAAGAAGGCUGGCAUAACGAAUUUUCUGGAUAUCUCAUGUCUCAUAUGAGCACCAGCAGCAGAACUCCGACAGAAUAUAUUUGCGUUGAUGGAAAGUUGGAAACAAGUGGUCAUGCAUAUGGCAGUAGCCAAGCUGAAUUAUAUCCGGUGGAAGCGAUUUGUGGAAGUUUAAAAUGUCCCCCGUAUGUUCAAGGGAGAGAAAUUACCUGUGUGGUUUGCUCGAAAUAAAACAUUUUCAUUUUCUGCAUGCAUGUGAAUGUCCUAUAAUACAGAUUUAUUAUGAGUCCGCCACUUAGUGGCAGUAUAUGUAUAUAUAUUAAGGAAAAUGCAUAGUUCCACUGGCCCGCCGACAUACUAUCAUACCUGUUUAGGUCAAAUGCAUAUAAUCAAUUUAAUCUGAAUUUAUGCAAUUAUAAUGAAUAAAUGUUGGUGAAAUGGUCCUUAAGUAGCGCCUUUCAAGUAUACUACCAAUACUGCUGUCGCUUACUGACAAAGAUGCCCAUCAUUGCAGAAAAAAAAAACAAUCAGUGAGUAAUUCUUAUUAAAAAUCUCACCAAAUCAAUAGCUGGUGCAAUUUGAAUAAGUUUUUGGUUCAUCGUCUUGAAAUUUUUUUCACUAUGAGAUUUAUUGCAAAUAAAUAAAUCAACAUUUCCAAUAUGGCUGUGGAAUUUGUGUUAAUAUUUAACUAUCCGAAAUAAUGCAACAUUUAAAUACUAGUAGUAGCUUCUUUGCAACAAUGAGUAAAUGUAAGCAAGACUUAACUUACAAUUGAUUGUAAUAUUUGAAAUCAUGUAUUACUGAUGACGCAUAAAAUGUCGAAUUUGAAAUUGAAGCAUUUCACUAGAAGAAUAUACAAGUAUACAAUU